AUGCUUACCAACAUCUUUUCUGUUGCUCUGUUGCUUUCCUCGGCCAGCGCAAGUUGCCUGCACGGCACUUCGCUGAUGCCUCGCCGCUUGAACAAGCGUGCUGCUGGUGAAGUCGAGGUCAGCAACUUUGGCUACACUGGCCUGACCGGGCCUCUCAACUGGCACAACAUCGAAGCCGACAACGAGUUGUGCAACACUGGAUCCAACCAGUCGCCUAUCAACAUUGACGAUACCGUAGCCUUGGCGACCGAGGCCCCGUCCAUCGACAUCGCCAACGUUGAGGCCGCCGAGUUUGAGAACCUUGGCACCACACUCGAGACGGUCGUUAAUGGCACGACGACGCUGGGCGGGCAGGACUUCAGCCUAGCGCAGUUCCACCUGCACACGCCGUCGGAGCACCGCAUCGGCGAUGAGUACUUCCCGCUCGAGAUGCACAUGGUGCACGAGGCGGCCGACGACUCGGGCAAGAUCGUGGUGUUGGCAGUCCUCUUCCAGCUGAGCGACGACGGCACCACGGGCACCGACCUGCUCUCGGCCGCCACGGCCCACAUUGACGACGUCGUCGAGCCUGGCACCGUGACCGAGACGGCCGCGCUGGACUUUGCGCCGCUCGUCGAGCACCUGACGACCACGCCGCUGCUCAACUACACCGGUAGCUUGACGACGCCGCCGUGCUCCGAGGACGUCACCUUCUUCGUCACCCAGCAGCCCAUGCCGCUCGAUGUUGCGACGUACAACAAGGUCAAGCGCGUCAUCAAGUUCAACAGCCGCUUCACCCAGAACUCGCUCGGCCAGGCCAACCUGCUCGACCAGGGCACGCUCGCCAACAUCGCUGCGGCGGAAGAGCCUGCUGCGGAGGAGGCUGUCGCGGAGGAGGCUGUCGCGGAAGACGAUGCCGCCGCGGAGGAGCCUGCUGCGGAAGAAACCGCAAUGGCAGAGCACGAAACCAGUAAGUCAUCAGCAGCAGCAACGAACUCGACUGCAGAGGCAGCUGCGGGUGAGGGGGAGGAGCAGAAGGUCGCGUCGAACGCGGAGCAGUUGUACGCGCUGAGCGCUAUGCUGCAGGAGGUUGAUUCUGCCAUUCACGAGAUCAUCGGCUGA